UUUCCCUGGGUUACCGUCAACAGGUCUGUUAGCUUGCUAAGCUAAAGCAACGUGUCUUUGGAUGACGGUACUUCUGCAGCUGUAUUCUGCCUCGCGGACCACACAGCUCCCAGAUGUGACGGGUUAGACUUGAUGUUAGCAGGAGAAGCUUGUAGUAAUUAUCGACUUGUUACUAGGGAAUUGGCGAACAGUAGCUAAUGCUAACGCUAACGCCGACGUGAGUAAACAGGAGGGGAGUGCGUGAAGUUUCCAGGAUGACAAACCAAGAGUUCAGGACACUGGCCUACGCGAAGAGCCCGAAAACGUCGAGAAGAACAACAUUUCAGGAUGAACUUCAGGCUGCUGUCUCUGCCAGAGCCAACAAAACAACCACAGAUCCCUUCUCCUACUCUGAUGACUUCGAUGAGGAUGAAGAUGAUGUUUUCAAUGAACUCCUCGAAUCGAGAAAAAAGAAGACGGGUGCAUUUAAGGCUACGAAAUCUAAAGUGAACACGAACGACACCUUUGACCUUUCCGAUGAUAAAGGCAAACAUGGGAAAACAAAGAGAGUUUCAUUUCUGAAGAGCCAGAGAAUCAGCUCUUCCUCAGGGGACGCAUCAGAGUCACGUGAAAAUGAGCAGCUUGACUCUGUCGUUGGACAUUACAAUCAUAAUAACUCGUAUUCCUCACAACACUCAACAGGUGUCAGCAAAUAUGACACACAGAGUAAAAAUAGUGCUGUGGAACCUGUCGAUUCCCAAAUCCCAAGAGGGAGCUUUAGUAAAUCUCUCUCAUACCAAACCUCAGAUGAUCUUCUGGACAUGUCUCUGCCUUUACCAUCUGACAGCAGUGUGACGGAAACUCCAGGUCCUGAGGAGAAGAGCAACACUCUUCUGGAAGAAAUAUCCCAGACUCUAAAUUUGUCAGGACCUGACAUCAAACCCGAGCCUUCAGCAGAUAUUGCUACAGAGAGGGAGCCACCCAGACCCAAACCAAGACAACGGACUCUGGGGUUAAGCUCCCACGCUGUAGAGAAGAUGCCUGAGGAAACUGACUCUCAGGAUAUGAGCAGGCCCCAGACGUCCUCUGCAUCCAUUCCCCUCUCUUCUGACGCAUCCAGCAGCACUGCAGGGAGGAGCUGUAGUCCACAUUGGACAGAAGAUGAUCGCACAGUUUCACAAAGCCGCAGCAAAUCUUCUUUGAGUGAGCAGUCACAGCUCCCUACCAAGUCAACUAUUGAUUCUGAAUCCAGAGGUGAUUUUAUUUCUGAUGACAGCAAAGAUCAGGAUGGAAAGAACUCUACAUCAUUUGAAGAAUUUCGUGAGGAUUUGGGAGAUCACUCCGAUCAUUCUGCUGCUCAACUCUCUCACACUCAGGAAAAGUCAUUUGACACCAGGGCGUCAAGUUCACACUCAAAGAUCACUCAGAGGUCUCAAAGUGCCUGCUCCAGAAAAGUGGAAUCAAAGUAUUUGGGAUCUCUCAAAGUUCUGGACCGUAAAGUAUCGCUACAAGAAUCUCAGCCACAAGCAGCAGAUUCACUCAGAGCUGCCAUUUACCAGGAAUGGCUGAAAAAGAAGAUGGAAAAGUCAAGAGAGAACAUGCAACUAAAGAAGAAAGAGGAACUCCUCCAAGAAAAAAAGAAAAAGGAAGAAGACGCAAAAAAGGAAGAUGCUGUUGCAUCAUAUGCGGCUUGGAAGGAAAAGAAAGCACAGAGUCUUAAAGCAAAAGCCAAAGAAAAGCAAGAUAUGAUGAGAAAAGAGCAGAGAGCAAGUGAAGAGACAAAAGAAAAGAGGCAGUCCGCUAAGCAGGUGUUUGAAAAAUGGAAACAGGAGCACGAUCAUCUGCUCGGAGAAAAGUACAGAAAACAGAAAGAAGCUGAAAAUAAACUUCAGCUAAAAAAGCAAACAGAGGAGGAGGAAAAAAAGAGAGAGAGUGCUUCUGCUUUUUCUCGGUGGUGUGAAAAGAAGAAAGAUGUUCUCCAUGAAAAGGUCACCAUGGAGCACAAAGAAGUCAAAACUAAAGCAGAGGAGGAACGAUACAUGAAAGAGGAGAGAGAUAAAAUGGCUGUGGAAAUGUAUGAAAACUGGCUGGCAAGAAAAGAUCUAGAACAGAAGAGACGGAGAGAAGAAAGACGGAUAAAAGCUAUUCUCCAAGACAGUCCUCCUCCACCAUGGAGCCCUCCUAAUAAAACUAUAGGAUUUGGAAAAUAACAUUAAUAUAUGUUUCAGAUAAAAAGGAUCUGCUGCAUUGGUGCUGGAUACGUAGGAGGCCCGACAUGCAGUGUGAUCGCCCACAUGUGUCCAGAGAUCACAGUGACUGUCGUGGAUGUCAACGAGUCCCGCAUCAAAGCCUGGAACUCAGAAACUCUGCCCAUAUAUGAGCCGGGCCUGAAAGAUGUAGUCGAAUCAUCCAGAGGGAGAAAUUUGUUUUUCUCUACAGACAUAGACACGGCCAUCAAGGAAGCUGACCUCGUCUUUAUCUCGGUUAACACCCCGACAAAGACCUACGGGAUGGGAAAGGGUCGCGCGGCUGACCUCAAGUUCAUCGAGGCCUGUGCCCGGCGAAUCGUGGAGGUGUCUGAUGGCUACAAGAUUGUCACAGAGAAGAGCACCGUCCCAGUUCGAGCUGCUGAGAGUAUUCGACGGAUAUUUGAUGCCAACACCAAGCCCAGCCUUAACCUACAAGUGUUGUCCAACCCAGAGUUCCUCGCAGAGGGAACUGCAGUGCGGGAUCUGAGGGAGCCCGACCGUGUCCUGAUUGGCGGAGAUGAAACGUCUGAAGGUCAAAGAGCCAUCAGAGCUCUGUGUGCCGUCUAUGAACACUGGGUUCCCAAAGCAAGAAUCAUCACCACCAACACAUGGUCGUCCGAGCUGUCCAAACUGGCAGCCAAUGCAUUCCUGGCACAGCGAAUCAGCAGCAUCAACAGUAUCAGUGCGCUGUGUGAAGCCACCGGAGCAGAUGUGGAAGAGGUUGCCAAGGCGAUUGGGAUGGACCAGAGAAUAGGCAGCAAGUUUCUAAAAGCCAGCGUGGGUUUUGGUGGAAGCUGUUUCCAGAAGGACGUCCUGAACCUGGUUUAUCUGUGCGAGGCCCUCAACCUGCCCGAGGUUGCCUCCUAUUGGCAGCAGGUGAUAGACAUGAAUGAGUACCAGAGGCGGCGGUUUGCUUGCAGGAUCAUUGACUGCCUCUUCAACACUGUUACUGGUAAAAAGAUCGCUCUGCUUGGCUUCUCCUUCAAGAAAGACACUGGUGACACAAGGGAGUCGUCCAGUAUCUACAUCUCAAAGUAUCUGAUGGAUGAAGGAGCCAAGCUCUUCAUAUAUGACCCCAAGGUUCUCAAAGAACAAAUCAUGCAUGACCUCUCCCAGCCCCACAUCUCGGAGGACAACCCAGAAAGAGUGUCAGAGCUGGUGACCGUGACCUCAGACCCGUAUGAGGCUUGUCAAAGUGCACACGCUCUGGUCAUCUGUACUGAAUGGGACAUGUUUAAGGAACUGGACUAUGAGAAGAUCUACAAGAAGAUGCUGAAACCAGCUUUUAUAUUUGACGGUCGCAGAGUGCUGGACCACCUCCACCCGGACCUCCAGAGCAUCGGCUUCCAGAUCGAGACCAUCGGUAAGAAGGUGACAGGGACGAGAAUCCCCUACAGCCCGGCAGCUGUUUGUCCUCGCAUCGGUGCCACUGAGCCUCCCCCAAAGAAAGCCAAAGUGUAAACCCCCACCACCACACACGCGCUCCACAUUCCCUCUCAACCUUUAUAUUGUGGGUGAAAUGUCAUUCACCUCUGUCGGUACACGCCUUCUCCUCCUAAAGGCGAAACAGGACUUGAACAAGAGCUGCGUUAAACCUCUUCAGUGACAAAUCAUUCCAAGCACAGACGUAAUUUUAUGCAUUUCAUGUUAAACAGCAUUAAUGAACCAAACAUUUCAGUGUAGGUACACAUGCAAGGUCAUCACUUUCAAACACUCUCAGUGAGUCUGCUUUCCUACAGUAUUUACUGUAAAAUCAUAAACUUUUAUACAUUUUUAAAAAAUAUUUUUAUAAAUCAUCUUACUGUAUGUUAAUCAGUAUGUGUCCUCUGUCAGUGACUUUGUUUACUAAAAGGGCCAAUGCAAUAAAAUGUGAAGUGUGUCCUUAAA